UGCACGUGGGGGGAGCCGGAGAUGGACGGGCCCGCGGUCAUGGAGGCUGGGGAAGGGGCUGGCGAUGAGGCCGGCUUUACGCGGGUUUCCCGCAAGGGCGGUAAACGGGAGCUGAAGCGUCGGGCGGAGCCGGGGGAAAGCAGCGGCCUCAUGGACACCGGGGAGCCCCCGCCCCCUAAGAGACCCGACUUCCCCGCCAUCACCGCCGACCGGCUUCAGGGCGGCAAGAGUGAAAUAAGGAGAAUUCCUGUUCCGGCACACAGAUACACACCACUGAAAGAGAACUGGUUGAAGAUAUUCACACCUAUCGUCGAACACUUAGAACUUCAGAUACGAUUUAACUUAAAAUCAAGAAAUGUAGAAAUCAGGACUUGCAAAGAAACCAAAGAUAUAGGUGCUCUGACCAAGGCUGCCGACUUUGUGAAAGCUUUUAUUCUGGGAUUUCAGGUGGAGGAUGCCCUGGCUCUCAUCCGAUUAGAUGAUCUGUUUCUGGAGAGCUUUGAGAUUACAGAUGUUAAACCUUUGAAAGGGGACCAUCUCUCCAGGGCCAUUGGAAGAAUUGCUGGGAAAGGAGGGAAAACCAAAUUCACCAUAGAAAAUGUGACCCGGACACGGAUAGUGCUAGCUGACUUGAAGGUUCACAUCCUUGGCUCUUUCCAAAACAUCAAGAUGGCACGAACGGCCAUCUGCAACCUCAUCCUAGGCAGUCCCCCAUCGAAGGUUUACGGUAACAUUCGAGCCGUGGCUAGCAGAGCAGCAGAAAGAUUCUAAUUCUCAGAUGCGGGACCGUGUCGGACAGACUUGUAGGCGGUCACUCUGAAGAAACUGCGCGACUGUCGAUGCGUGAGACACGCCUCCUCUCCCUUCGUUCUCAUCUGGACGCCUAAGGAGGGCCAAGCUACAGUCACACUGUGCUUGGGGGCCGCUUAAUAGCUUUUAUACUAUUUAAAUCAAAACUCCUAACUUAUCCCUACUGAUUAAGAAAGAAUAAUUAACUACUCUCAUUAUUGACAGCAGUCAGAAAGUAGGUGGAAUUCCUCAUUUAAGAGGAAAACUGACUUAACUCCUAAGCGGUUUUUAGAUCUGAAUUAGCAAAGCAGUUUUUGGGGGGUUUUUUGUUGUUGUUUUUUAAAGAAUCAGGAUUUUUCAGUGACUAAGUUGCUGUGCCUGAAUGUGACUGGAAGUGUUGUAAGCACGGGACAGUCGGGGAUGGUUUUGCCUCCACCUUGCUCUUUGACUCGGGACAAACCAUUCAGUGCCUGAAUGAGGUUCUCCAAACCUCCUCUGCAGGGGUGUUGUGUGAAAUGCUCUACUUGCCGAGUAAAUGUGCUUGUCAAACAAUAUACAGCGUGUUCAUAAAGCAGUAAAAAGGAAUAAGUGAAAGUAAAA